AUGACAUGCGAAAGAUGUCAGUUGUCGCUACGUACCUGUAGGGAGCUCCAUACUCUGAAUAUCGAUAAAGAAGGAGUUGUGCGAAAAAUUCGACAAAACCUUAUGCCAGUCAUUAACGAGAAUGAUGCUUUUGAUUCACGCCGAAGCCGUGCAAAUAUUGGAGUCUCACAGAUUAAUAUCCCUCUGGCAUGGAAUAGUGACCAGCAUUUUAAAAGCAAAGGAGAGACUCGCAUCUACUCAAUGUUUGUAGUGCUCCAAACGAAAAUGCGUGUUUUGGACUCACAUAUGGUCACGAAUGUAGACAGAACCAUGACUGACGUUAUGUUUCCGGAGACUUUUAUUUUUGAAGCCGAACCGGACGAUUUUUGUGUUGAAAUUACUAUAUACGGUGCUAGAAUAGACCUCGGUUUAUCAAAUGGCGGCGGAAGUCUGCGGUCACGUAUCACCCGCUCCCUUGGACGGAAGUUUGGCGGGCAAGUGAAGGCUAAUCUCAAUUCGUUGGACUUUCAAAACAGUAUCCGAGGUAAUUCGUUCUGUAUGGCUGGAACUCAUUUCAACAUCUUGGCUAGAGCUUGCUUAGUGCUCAACGAUGCCGGUGAAGAGGGCAAAAUCCAUGACCUACAAAUCUCUCCUUUUGCCGAUCUGUGCGGUCCACCACUGUAUGGCCACAUUUUGUGCCGCCUUGUCGUUCAACCUCUUUCCGUACUCCGUCCCUUAGCUGAAGGCACACUGAGCAUUAGACAACUUUGCGAGGAACGUAUGUUGAAAAAUGUACGGACGAGAUUACAGGCUGGUAACUUACACUGCUUUAGUAGUCAGGAUCGUCAGUCCACAGAGGAAACUACAUUAUUACUGAUUCCAAUCACUUCGGCCUCACAGAUUUCGAACACGUCGAAUCCGAAUACGAUACUUUUAUCGUCGCUAAAAUCCAUGAAAUCUGAUGAUUAUCGUUAUUACAUUAGUACAGAGGACUAUAGAAUAACACAAAACUGGAAGAGAGCUAUAGAGAUGCAAAUUGAUGAUUGUGCCAUUUGGGGUGAAUUUGCCUAUCGACCGACCAAACUUGUAAUCGAGAAGCCAGUUGAUCCUGUCAAGGAGACACUGAGUCGAGCUGCCGGAGCCCGUCUCUACGAUAAAAUCAGCAUCGCUGGUACGAUUUCUUGUGAUAGGGACUUGCUAAAUUAUACGCCAUCCUGCUGUAUCAAUGAUGGGAACUAUCUAGCAGGACCACCUAAGAAAACUAAACAUAGGCCUAAUGUUUUGGACCUCUUCCAGAGCAAGCCUUCAUCACCCACCCCAUCCAGACGCGGUCGUUCCCCUAAUGGAGCGAUUCACAGAUGUAUCAUCGAAUUAGACAGUGAUGAUGGCUAUGGAAGAAUCAAAUCAGAAUCCCCAAGCACCUCUCUGGUGAGAACGAGUACAAGCAGAUCUAUCUUCUACGAUCACUGCCCACACUGCGAAUGCGAUGGUAGUCACAAGGAAGAAAGCCGAAAAAACCUGCCGAAGUGA